AUGGUCUCAAUCAACAUCUUCAUCAUCUCUACCCUCGCGGCCUUUGUUGCCGCUCAAGCCGGUUUCUUCGUCACCCAGGUUUCCCAGGGAAUUGUUUCUGGUUUUGUUCAGGGUCGAUCCUCCGGUGUCGACGAGCAGGUUGCCUCUUCCGAGGCCGCUGAACUCGUUUCCCUCAUCCUCAACGACCCCACCCUCAACCCCCAGUUCCAGACCGCCGCUGACCUCGUUGCCUUUGGUUUCGACGGCCCCAAGUUUGUCUCCUUCGUCUCCCAGGCCGCCACCGCCUACUCGUCUUUCAAGGAUGGCCCCAACUUCCCCAUCGCCACCUCGUACUUCAAGGAGCACAAUACUGACUUCAACCUCAACAGUGCUAUUCUGUCUGCCCAGGCCCAGGUCACCUUCUACAUUUCUCUCUUUACCCAGCAGCUCAACCCCCUCACUGUCACUCCUGCCGUUCAGACUGCCACUGCUUCCGGUAUCUCUCUGGCCAAGGACCUUUUCUCUGAGCUUGGCAAUUAUGAUGCCGUCACAGUCAUCCCCUGGUAG